AUAAGUUUCUUUUUCCUGUGUUGCAAAAAGGAGGAAAACAAACCUCCAGAAGCGUAUUCGGUCCGACAUAACUUUUUCAAAAGAAACAAACGGUGCCUUCCGAAGACUCACCAAGAACCACUGCCUAAGACUGACUCGCUCCCUAAGUUUGAGAACUGUCAGAAAACUAGCAGUACCGCUCCCCGUCGCCCCAGGCAUCCAGCGCUCUCGCGCACGAUCCCACCCGUCACGAAACGGACCUUUGGCUUGCCACUGCACGACAAAUCCAGAAGAUCUCCUCUUACCCCUGGCCGGGGUACUCCUCCAGCGACAUCAAAGUCUCCCGGGCCCUGCCUCCAACCCUGACCGCCUCCCACGUCCAAGUUUUCGUCAAGCACAGCAGUCCCCCACCCGCAACCCGCAAAGCGUUGGCGGUGCGCCGCCUGCUCUGCGGCUCAGCACUACCCAGCAAGCCCCAAGAAAAGCAAGUCCCCGGGCUUCUUGACCACCCGGAGCUAGUUAGUCUACUGCCCGCAGCACGCGCUGGCCGCCGAGCCCCAAUUCCCAAGCACCGGUGACCUGCCGCCGCUGCAGCUCCCGGAAACCUGUGAAUCCGUUCCAGUCAUGUGUGAAGAAGAGGACAGCACUGCCCUGGUGUGUGACAAUGGUUCUGGGCUCUGUAAAGCUGGCUUUGCUGGGGACGAUGCUCCCAGGGCUGUUUUCCCAUCUAUUGUGGGACGUCCCAGACAUCAGGGAGUGAUGGUGGGAAUGGGACAAAAAGACAGCUACGUAGGUGAUGAAGCACAGAGCAAAAGAGGAAUCCUGACCUUAAAGUACCCGAUAGAACAUGGCAUCAUCACCAACUGGGACGACAUGGAAAAGAUCUGGCACCACUCCUUCUACAAUGAGCUUCGUGUUGCCCCUGAAGAGCAUCCAACCCUGCUCACUGAGGCACCCCUGAACCCCAAGGCCAACCGGGAGAAAAUGACCCAGAUUAUGUUUGAGACCUUCAAUGUUCCAGCCAUGUAUGUGGCUAUUCAGGCAGUGCUGUCCCUCUAUGCCUCUGGACGUACAACUGGCAUUGUGCUGGAUUCUGGAGAUGGUGUUACCCACAACGUGCCCAUCUAUGAGGGGUAUGCCCUGCCCCAUGCCAUCAUGCGUCUGGACCUGGCUGGCCGAGAUCUCACCGACUACCUCAUGAAGAUCCUGACGGAGCGUGGCUAUUCCUUUGUGACUACUGCUGAACGUGAGAUCGUCCGAGACAUCAAGGAGAAGCUGUGCUAUGUAGCCCUGGACUUUGAAAAUGAGAUGGCCACUGCUGCGUCCUCCUCCUCACUUGAGAAGAGCUACGAGCUGCCUGACGGGCAGGUGAUCACCAUUGGCAAUGAACGCUUCCGCUGCCCAGAGACCCUCUUCCAGCCGUCCUUCAUUGGGAUGGAGUCUGCUGGCAUACAUGAAACCACCUACAACAGCAUCAUGAAGUGUGACAUUGACAUCAGGAAGGACCUCUAUGCUAACAACGUCCUCUCAGGGGGCACCACCAUGUACCCAGGCAUUGCAGACCGGAUGCAAAAGGAGAUCACGGCCCUUGCGCCCAGCACCAUGAAGAUCAAGAUCAUUGCCCCUCCGGAGCGCAAGUACUCUGUCUGGAUCGGGGGCUCCAUCCUGGCUUCUCUGUCCACCUUCCAGCAGAUGUGGAUCAGCAAACAGGAGUAUGAUGAGGCUGGGCCCUCCAUCGUUCACCGCAAAUGCUUCUAAAACACUUCCCUGCUCUCUGUUUCCAGCACACAACUGUGAAUGUUUUGUGGAAUAAUGCCUUCAGUUCCUUUCUAAAUCAUUCCUAUCCAAAUCUCUGACUUGUUACCUAUUUGUUUUUUUAAUAAAUCUGAAAUAUGCUACCCAUAA